GUGACCAGAUGGAGGUCACUGAUGCUUCUCAACCUCAGAGAGCUGCCACUGAAGGCUCGAAGAGCCGUUGUCAUAAGACAAGGAUGGCAGUUCGGAAGCAGCUGCAAAACUUAGAGCAAAAGCCUUGGCGCUUAAAAGGCCCACUAAAGCGCAGGAGAAGGCGGAAAAAUGCCGCCAGAAGGCUCUGGAAAGACAGGUACAGAGGAACACCAACAAGGCCACUAAGUCCACAUUUAUUAGGGAUCAGGUACAGCCUAUGGAGAAAGAUCCAAUGGUGGAACCGGAUCCUUCUUCCAGUUUUCUGGCCAGGGCCCUGUCGCCCCAGCCAUCAGGGAGCGGCUCCAAUACAGGGAGGCCCAGUUCUACACCUAUCAACUUGGUAGCAUCACAAGGGGAUAGGCAGACCAUAGACCAGGUGACAGAAAUGCCUGAGUUAGUGCGGAAAUGGAUUGUGGAGGCGGUUCACCGGGAACUUGAGGCAGGCAAAAGUCGUAACAGGCAAUCUGUUCUGGGGGCGGAAGCCCAGUCACAGGAUAGGAUCAGGUAGAAACAGAACCAGCAGACGGACACAUGGGGUCGCGUUCUGACAGCACUGAUUCGCCUUCAGAGGCGGAGAGUUCCCCAUCCAUGGAGGAUGAACAAUGGGACCAGGAAUUGUCUGAGGAGGAAGGUUUUUUACCGGAGCAGCCCAUGUUUAAAGGGCUGUUCAGGCCUCAUCUUUUUAAGGCCUUGUUGAGUAAAGCUAAGGCGGUUACUAAACAGGGACUCCUAGGGGAACAAGGCGCCUGUCCAGAGCAGGACCCUGCAGACAUGCUUUUUUCUGAACCAACGGUGGAGACGGAGACAGUUCCUGCUCCUCAAUUAUUUCUAGAUAUGAUUAAGAAACAGUGGGAAGCCCCGGCCGCAUUACCGAACAUGUCCUCCCUUGAGAGACGGUUUUUUAACACGGCUUCUGACCUGAUGGAACUCCUGAGAGUGCCUGAGGUGGAUGACCCGGUUUUGGCCCUGGCUUCCUCUUCGGCCACCUUGGUUGAACCUGAGGAAGUUUUGAAGCCAGAGGAUCGGAAGUUGGAGCAGGAGAAAGUGCCGGUGACCGAUCUGAGGACUCAUCAGGAUUUCAACAAGAUAGUGGCAGCUGUGGAAUACACAGCGGAUGCCACUAUGUCCUCCGCGAAAUAUGUGGCAAAGUCGAUUGCAUCCUCGGUCACAGCACGGAGGUUUCUUUGGUUAAAAAAUUGGCAGGCAGACACAAAGCGCAGAUGGCGAUUGGCCUCUGUGCCAUUUAAAGGUGCAAAGUUGUUUGGUGAGGCUUUGGAGCCCGUGUUGACGGAAACUAAGGGGAAGAAGAAGGUGUUGACUGCCUUGUCAAGGAGAGGGGAUACAAGGUUUUCCCCCUCCUUUCGGAAGUCUUAUUUUCGUCCCUAUUGGGGGUCGGCCUUUGGCAGAUAUCAGAGAGGUUUCAAACACAGGGAGGUCAGUGGGGCCACUAUCAUCACUCAGAGGAGGGGUCCUCUGACAAAGGCAGGUCCCGCGGUCAGUCACGGCGUCCUUUUCGGAGGAGGGGCAACCACUCCUUCCGCAGACACCGCUGACGGCAGGCAUCAGGCUCCCAUUGGUGGCCAUCUAGGGCUAUUCGCCGACCAAUGGGAGAAAACCACCUCCGAUCUAUGGAUAAGGGAGACCAUUUCAUCAGGUCUCUCACUAGAAUUUCUUGCACCCCCUCCGACGGUCUUAUUUCGAUGUCCCAGGUCUCGAGAUACGGCAAAAAGAGAGAUCAUGGACACUGCGGUUCAGCACUUGCUGAACAUCGGAGCGGUGGAGCCCGUUCCGGUUCACGAACAAUGGAGUGGUUAUUACUCAAUGUUGUUCGUCAUCCAGAAGGCCUUGGGGGGGCUGCGACCAAUUCUCAACCUGAAAGGAUUGAAAAGGUAUGUGAAGUAUCGGAGGUUCAAGAUGCACUCCCUGCGGUCAAUCCUUACGAAUGUCCGGAAGGGGGACUUCUUGACCUCCAUAGACCUUACGGAGGCAUACCUUCAUGUUCCGAUAAAUCGGAAGCACAGGAGGUUCCUGAGGUUCUUUUACGACGGCAAGCAUUUACAGUACCGAGCGCUUCCAUUCGGCCUUGCCUCGGCCCCCAGGGUUUUACGAAGAUCCUGGCGGCGUUAGGAGCGCUUCUCAGGGCUCGUCCAAUACGGAUUCAGGCCUACCUGGACGAUAUUUUGGUGCAGUCAGUCUCUCACAGACAGGCAAUAGAAGAUUUGAGGGAGACGAUACUUUGUCUGCAGACUCAUGGUUUCUCCAUAAACAUGGGAAAGAGUCACGUCAUUCCCACGAACCGGCUGUUACAUUUAGGGGCAGUAAUAGAUACGCUGAAGGGUCAAGUUUUCCUGUCCCCAGACAGACUUCAGAGCAUCAAGGACCUGGUAGUGCAGAUUCGCUCACAGAGGAGAGUUCCACUGGCAUUACUCUCAUCUCUGCUGGGCAAGAUGAUUUCCUGCAUAGAGGUGGUCCCAUGGGCAAGGUUUCAUGCAAGGCCUCUACAAUGGUUCAUGUUACCGUUUCAGAGGUCAGGCAGGGACACGUCGCAGUUCAAGGUCAGGGUCCCGGGAGACGUUCUAAUGUCUCUACGCUGGUGGAAGUCCAGGAACAUGGAAAGGGGCUGCCAUUUUUUGGAACAGGACCGCAUCACGGUGACAACGGACGCCAGUCUGAUAGGCUGGGGGGCUCAUUGUCAGGACCAGGUGAUCCAGGGCUCUUGGUCAAGGGGGGAGACAAAGAAGAGCAUAAAUUGGCUGGAGCUGAGAGCGGCCAGGUUAGUGCUCAGACAUUUCAGGCACUGUUUGAGGGAUCGACAUGUGCUUCUCCUGACAGACAACAUCACAGUGAAGGCCCACAUCAACAGGCAGGGAGGCACUCGAUCCAGGGGGCUCAUGGCGGAGGCGGAUCGCCUUUGUCGCUGGGCCGAGCGCAAUGUGAUUUCCAUCAGGGCGGAACACAUUGCCGGGAUAGACAAUGUCAGAGCAGAUUGGUUGAGCAGGGCACCUCUGGAUCCUGCAGAAUGGAGACUGGAUCCGGAGUUAUUCAAGGAGAUUGUGAGGCGAUUCGGACAGCCGGUCAUCGAUCUCUUCGCAUCUCCAGCGAACCAUCAACUUCCUCGGUAUUUCUCCAGGUCCCCAGCGCCAGGGGCGGAAGGGGUAAACGCCCUCCGUCUUCCUUGGCCCAGGGGUCUACUAUAUGCCUUCCCUCCGAUGGCUAUCCUUCCUCGGGUAAUUGGUCGGAUUCUGCAGACCAGGGCACAGGUCAUUCUGGUGGCACCAUACUGGCCCAGAAGGCCGUGGUUCGUGGAUCUAGUACGUCUGUCGGUCGCCGCACCAUGGAGGAUUCCACCCGACAGGGUGUCUCUCAGUCAGGGACCGGUUCAUCACCUGGGUCCCCAGUGGUUGCACUUGACCGCGUGGCUGUUGAGCGGAGACUGCUAGAAAGACGGAAAUUUCCCUCAGAUGUGAUAACGACAAUGUAGGCGGCCAGACGACGGUCUACUACACGAAUUUAUGACUCCACUUGGAGAACCUUUGUGAUUUGGUGCACUGGUAGGAGUAUUCAGCCAACCAAGGUAAAGGUUCCACAGUUGUUGCAGUUUUUGCAGGCUGGGUUGAAGAAAGGGCUGGCACCAGGGACGUUACGCAGGCAGGUGGCAGCGAUAGCGUCAGUGUUAGGUUCUGCGGGUAGGUGGUCGGUGACAAAGGACUCAGAGAUAAAGAGGUUUUUGAGGGCGGCGACCAACCUGAGACCGGCAGUGGUUCACUGUUAUCCCACCUGGGACCUUCAGAAGGUUUUGCAGGCACUUUGCAAGGCUCCCUUUGAACCGAUUAGGACAGUUCACAUCAGUUUUUUGACUUACAAGACACUGUUUUUGGUAGCCAUCACAUCGGCCCGCAGGAUUUCAGAACUGGCCGCACUCUCAGUGCGAGAAGACUUGUGUGUGUUCCACUCCGAUAGAGUGGUUUUGCGUUUGGACCCAACCUUUGUGCCGAAGGUCAACUCCUGGUUCCAUCGGGCCCAGGAGUUGGUUCUUCCGGAUUUUUGUCCUAAUCCAUCACACGCAAAGGAACGUGUGUGGCACACUCUGGAUGUCAGACGGGCUCUGAGGGUUUACAUCAAAAGAACUAGGGCUUUCCGAUGGACAGAGGCACUUUUUGUGUCAUUCCAACCAUCCACCAUGGGACAGAAGCUUUCCGCUUCGGCGGUGGGCAGGUUACUUAGAGCCACCAUAGCCAGAGCCUACGAGGCUCAGGCUUUACCAAGGCCUAAGGCUAUUACGGCACAUUCAACGAGGAGUGCGGCCACAUCGGCCCAUGGGCCACACAAGCGUCGGUGGAGGAGAUUUGCAGGGCAGCGACCUGGUCAACUCCGUCACCUUUUAUACGUCAUUAUCGGAUUGACGCAUAUGCAUCGGCUGAGGCGGCCUUUGGUCGGAGAGUACUACAACGUGUGGUAGAGACGCCUGAAGGAGAUGACCAGACGGCUUCCCACCCAUGAGGACUGACAGCUUGGAGCCAGAAGACAGAAUGAUACCCAU